CUUCCAUUUUUCACGGAAAUGUUUCUCCUCUAGUUUCCCGGGCUUUGCCAGAGAAAAAAAGAGAACACUUUCCUCCGCCGUUCGCGGUGGUCCGAUCUAAGAUCCGAUCGCCGUAUUUGAUCGGAGCCUUCGGCGAGUAUCCAAUUCAGAUAUAUUCAGUUCUUCUUCUUCUUCUUACUUUUUGUUGUUUCUUGUCUGAUUUAUCCAGCGGUUUGUACUUCUCUUUCAGUUCGUUUCAUUCACUUGUUACAGAGCCUCGAGGAAUUCUCCGUUUUCUAGACUUUUGUCUUUCUUGUCCGACUUGUCUACUUCGAAGUUGCGAAAGAGGUUUUUACACUCAGUUUAUUUUGUGUUUCGAUCCUUGGACUCGAGUUGAUUUCUGUUGGAAGAUUUGUGUCUGUUCCUGUGAAGUUUUGUUUGUGAUUGUAAUUGAAUCGUGUUCUUCUUGUGAUAGACGGAGGCAAUUCGAAAGAAUUGCUUACUGAUCUAUCUGUUGAAGCCGUGGGGACUUUGAUUUGUUGGUCCAGAGUGUGUCUGUGGAGAUGACGUCGGGGACGAGACUACCAACAUGGAGGGAGCGGGAGAACAACAAGAGAAGGGAGAGAAGGAGAAGAGCUAUCGCAGCAAAGAUCUUUGCUGGACUCAGGAUGUAUGGGAACUACAAGCUUCCCAAACAUUGCGACAACAAUGAGGUCCUUAAAGCGCUCUGCGAUGAGGCGGGAUGGACCGUCGAACUUGAUGGUACCACUUACCGUAAGGGAUGCAAGCCAAUUCAACGUAUGGAUGUGGUUGGUGGGUCGGCAGCUGCAAGCCCGUUCGCAUCUCACCAACCAAGUCCUUGUGCUUCCUUCAAUCCAAGCCCCGGUUCAUCUUCAUUUCCAAGUCCAGCAUCAUCUUCAUAUGUUGCUAAUCCAAAUGCCGAUGGCAGUUUUCUAAUCCCCUGGCUCAGGAACCUUUCAUCGUCAUCAUCUUCAGCAUCCUCGUCUAAACUCCCCAAUCUCCAUAUUCAUGGAGGUUCCAUCAGUGCUCCUGUUACUCCUCCUUUGAGUUCCCCAACUGCUAGAACGCCCCGACCCAAAGCUGACUGGGAAGACCAAUCUGUCCUACCAGGAUGGAAUGCACAAUACUAUUCCUCCCUUCCAUCUUCUACUCCACCAAGUCCUGGACGUCACGUUGUUCCCAAUCCAGAAUGGUUCGCUGGCCUUAGAAUUCCUCAGGGUGGACCCAAUUCUCCAACAUUUAGUCUUGUUUCUACAAACCCAUUUGGUUUCAAGGAAGCAGCAAUGACUGGUGGAGGAUCUCGCAUGUGGACCCCUGGUCAAAGUGGGACCUGCUCUCCUGCCAUUGCCGCAGGCUCCGAUCACACUGCAGAUAUUCCAAUGUCAGAAGUGAUCUCUGAAGAGUUCGCAUUUGGAAGCAACACAGCAGGAAUAGUGAAGCCAUGGGAAGGAGAACGAAUUCACGAGGAGUGUGGCUCAGAUGACCUAGAGCUAUCUCUUGGGAACUCAAGAACCAGAUAAUCUAAUGGAUAACACAUAUUACCAAAUAGUUACUCAGCAAAUCCUGGGAAUCAAGGUGAGCAUGAUUGAUUCUUCUCCCUUCCACCACCACCACCCUGUUAUUGUGUUCUUUUUCAAAUUUGCAUUAUCCCUCGUUAAGUUAUAUAUACAGGUUUUAAGUGGUUCCAAAUCCCUCUUCCCCUUCGAAACUGAAAAUUUACUGUUUGUGUCGUAUAUGUAUGAGCUGUUUGUCUUUCAUUUAUAGAUAAAAAAAAUGCUGAAUGGCCUGAUGAGAUAAUGCAUAUGUUACAGUGGCUUAACUUUUGUGGAUAUCGAGAGAGUGGAACUUUUCCAUUGGCUUUUGUUCCUUCAA